CAUAAAUCGAACCACCUGUUUGUUGUUGCUCCAAAGCAAAAAAAGAAGAAGCAAAGCAAGCCAUGUGUGCACAGAGGCUCUUGUCUGUGGUUGCUGCUCGCGCUCGCCAUGGCCUCGCUCGUCCAGUGGUCGCUGGCAUGCAGCGUGCCCAGCUGGCAGCCAUGACGCACUUCCCUGGGGCCACUAGCGAGUACACGGAGGAGCUCAAGCUUCGUGUCACCACUGAGGAGAAGCCCAUGGCAUGCUUCCGCGUCAUGGACCAGGAUGGUCAAAUCCUCAACAAGGACAUCUUCCCCAAGGAGGUGACUGACGAGAAGUUGCUGCAGUGGUACCGCACCAUGGCUCUGCUCAACCAGAUGGACACCCUCCUCUACAACGCCCAGCGUCAGGGUCGCAUCUCCUUCUACAUGACCAACUAUGGCGAGGAGGCCACCCAUCUUGGUGCGUGUGCGAAGGGGUAUAUGCCCGUUCAUUACGGCUCGCACAAGCUCAACUUCCACACCAUCUCCUCCCCGCUCGGCACCCAGAUCCCACAAGCGAGCGGCGCUGCCUACGCACUCAAGGCCAAGGGCAAGGAGAACUGCGUCAUCUGCUACUUUGGCGAGGGUGCUGCCAGCGAGGGCGAUGCGCAUGCCGGCUUCAACUUUGCCGCCACCCUCGACUGCCCCGUCAUCUUCUUCUGCCGCAACAACGGUUACGCCAUCUCCACCCCAACACACGACCAGUACCGCGGCGACGGCAUCGUGAGCCGCGCGGCUGGCUACGGCAUGGACUGCAUCCGCGUUGACGGCAACGACGUGUUUGCAGUCUACCUCGCCACCAAGGCCGCACGCGAGGCGACCAUCGCCAACAAGAGGCCUGUGCUCGUGGAGGCCAUGACGUACCGCAUUGGUCACCACUCCACCAGCGAUGAUUCAACCACCUACCGCGGUGCCGAGGAAGUGAGCUCUUUCCAGCAGGACACGCCCAUUGAGCGCCUGCAGAAGUACCUGCGCAACCAGAACCUCUGGGACGAUGACAAGGAGAAAGCGCUGCAAGAGGAGAUUUACAAGGAGGUUCGCCAGGCGUUUGCCGCUGCGGAGAAGAAGAAGAAGCCUUCGCUGUCGCACAUGUUCGAGGACGUGUACGACGUGAAGCCAGCCCGCCUUGUGGAGCAGGAAAAGGAGAUGCUCGAGCAUAUCAAGAAGUACCCGAACGAGUACCCGACCAAGGAGCACGCCCAAUAGGCGCAUACAUGGCUGUGAUGCGCCAUCAUUGUCGGCAGCGCCACUGCGUCACUCUGAAUCCCUUUCCAUGCCCCUUUUCGUUUGAUUGCUUGCCUUUGUUUCUCAGGUUGUGUGUGUUUGGCCUGUGUGCUUGCUUGUACAUGUGUUGCCUGUCACAGAACUUUUUGUUUGCUGGUGCUCAAGGCAGAUGCGUUGGUGUGAGCCAUGCCAUGCGCGCACAUUACACGCAAGCGACACAGGG